AUAUAGUCUAACUUUUACCCAUUAGACUGACAUUUAUUGAUAAUUGCAAUAUGAUACGAUAAAGAAAAUAAAUUUCAGUGAGGCAAUACAUAUAAUUAUUACAGAACAAAACUGGAGGGAGGUUGAUAAAAUACAGUUGCAGAAUGGAGAAGGUGGUGUGUGUCACCGGCGGCAGCGGCGCCAUCGGUUCAUGGCUCGUCCACCUCCUUUUGGACCGCGGCUACACCGUCCACGCCACCGUUCAAAUUCUCAACGAUGAGGCCGAGACGAAGCAUCUAGAAGCCUUGGAUGGAGCACCGGCACGCCUCCGCCUCUUCCAGAUGGAUCUCCUCGACUACGAUUCCGUCCUCGCCACCGUGUGCGGCUGCGCCGGCGUGUUCCACGUGGCCUCUCCCUGCACUAUUGAACAAGUCCAGGACCCUCAGAAGGAGCUUCUGGACCCGGCGAUAAAGGGCACCUUGAACGUGCUAACGGCGGCGAAAGAAGCAGGGGUGCGUCGCGUGGUGGUCACGUCCUCCAUCUCCGCCAUUGUUCCGAGCCCCAAUUGGCCUGGUGACGUUCCCAAGAGGGAGAACUGCUGGACUGAUAUUGAAUUUUGCAAGCAAAAGGGGUUGUGGUAUCCAUUGUCAAAGACUUUGGCCGAGAAAGCAGCUUGGGAUUUUGCAAAGGAGACUGGGUUAGAUGUUGUUGUGGUGAAUCCUGGCACUGUUGUGGGUCCUGUUAUUGCACCGAGGCUUAAUGCAAGCAUGGUCAUGUUUGUUCGCCUACUACAAGGUUGUGAUGAUACAUAUGAGAAUUUUUUUAUGGGACCAGUCCACUUCAAGGAUGUAGCAUUGGCACAUAUUUUGGUGUAUGAGAACAAAUCUGCAGUUGGUAGGCAUUUGUGUGUUGAAGCUAUCUCUCACUAUGGUGAUUUUGUAGCAAAAGUUGCUGAACUUUAUCCAGAGUACAAUGUGCCUAAGAUGCAACGAGAUACCCAACCAGGAUUGUUGAGAGUGAAGGAUGGAUCAAAGAAACUUAUGGAUUUGGGUUUGCAAUUCAUUCCAAUGGAGAAGAUUAUAAAGGAUGCUGUAGAGGAUUUGAAGAGAAAAGGGUUCAUUUCAUAAUGCUGCAAUAUGAGUCCUUAUGGCCCAUGUUUCUGCAGAAUAUGUUACCUCAAUGCCUCUGCAAAUUGACUGAUUCAAUAUGUAUCGUUAAUCUGACUCUUUUCCAUUAAUAAGAAAAAGGAAAUUGCAUAUCA